ACGCCGACAAGACGGACAGCGCGCGGCAGCCGGGGCCCGUGCUGCGAGCCUCGGGGAGGAUGCCCGUCCCCCUGAACAGGCGCCGCUGGGUCCCGCCCUCCUCUCUCAGGGAACACGAUGUGCCCGACGGAGAUGCCAAACACGACACCAUAUUCCGAAAGGUCCGCGGUAUCCUCAACAAGCUCACACCGGAAAAGUUCCAAAAGCUGAGCGAUGACCUGCUCGGCUUGGAGCUCGACUCGGACAAGGUCCUGAAGGGCGUGAUCCUGCUGAUCUUCGAGAAGGCCCUCGACGAGCCGAAGUACUCGUCGAUGUACGCGCAGCUGUGCAAGCGGCUGUCCGAGGAGGCGCCCAACCUGGAGCCGCCCGGGCAGCCGUGCACCUUCCGCCUGCUGCUGCUGAACAAGUGCCGCGCCGAGUUCGAGAACCGCGCGCAGGCCUUCGCCGCCUUCGAGGAGCGCGCGCUCGCGCCUGAGGAGGAGGAGCGCCGCCAUCUCGCCAAGUGCAAGAUGCUCGGCAACAUCAAGUUCAUCGGCGAGCUGGGCAAGCUGGAGAUCCUGGCGGAGUCGAUCCUGCACCGCUGCAUCCAGAACCUGCUGGCGCGGCGCGCGGCCGCCGACCACCACGAGGACCUGGAGUGCCUGGCGCAGCUGGUGCGCACGUGCGGCCGCGUGCUGGACUCGGAGCGCGGCCGCGGCCUCAUGGACCAGUACUUCGCGCGCAUCGAGACCCUCUCGCACUCGCAGGAGCUGCAGCCCCGCAUCCGCUUCAUGCUGCGCGACGUCGUCGAGCUGCGCAGGGGAGGCUGGGUGCCUCGUGCCGCCACCAGCCACGAGGGCCCCGUGCCGAUCCAGCAGCUGCGGCCCGACGCCAGCCCGCCGCGCCGCCAGGACCGCGAGCCGCGCGACUCGCUGUUCCGCGGCGGCCUGCGGUCCCGCCCGCUCGACGACGUGCUGGCCGGCCUCGCGCUGCAGCCGGCAGGCUCGCUGGUGCCGCCGCCGGACAAGCUGUUCGGCAACGGGUUCCCGUCGCGCGACGGGUUCCGGCAGCGCUCCGCGCCCUCCGCGCCGCAGGGCUACUACCACCACAACCGCCAGCACUACAAGCAGGGCCGUGACCAGCAGGGCAACGGCAAGCAGGAGGCCCCUCGGCUGCACAAGGCGCGGCUGGCGGCGGGCGGCGCGCUGGAGGACGUGCAGAUGCGGCCCGCCGCCUACAGCCUCAUGUUCACCGCCUCCGCCAACCGCCUGCCCAAGCAGCCCGCGCCGCCGCCGCUGCUGCUGCCGCCCGCCCCGCAGAAGACGCUCGCGGGUGGAGCGCUGAUCAAAGAGCCGGCCAUCACCAUCAAGCCGGCGCCCGACAAGAAAGAUAAACCCAAAAAGGACAAGGGUCUGAACAAAGAGGAAGCGUGCCGGCUGCUGAUAGAGGCGGCGACGGCGGCGGCGGCGGCGGUGGGCGAGGCCGGGGAGGCCGGCGCCGGCGACGACGACGCCGCGCUGCAGCAGCACGUGCAGAAGAUCCGCGACGCCGCGCUGCCCGACAAGCUGCUGCGCCGCGCCAUCCAGGCGCUGCUCGAACACACGCUCGCGCACGAGGCGGAGUCGGAGGCCGCCUGGGCGCGGCUGUGCUCGGCCACGAUGGCGCUGGUGCGCGGCGUGAAGCGCAGCAGCGUGGGCGAGGCGCUGCGCGCGCUGCCGACGGGGGGCCGGCUGGCGGCGCUGCUGGCGCACGCCGUGCGGCACAAGCUGCUGUCGCUGGGCGAGCUGGGCGGCUGGGGCGAGGCGGGCGCGCCGCAGCCGCUGCUGCUGGACGUGCUGCAGCGGCUGCAGGAGCAGCUGGGCGCGGCGGCGGCGGCCGAGCUGUGCGCGGAGAGCAAGCUGAACGUGUGCGCGGCGGCGGCGGGCGCGGCCGACGCGGGCGGCGCGCUGGCGGCGCUGGAGGCGCGCGGCCUGGCGCACCUGGCGCCCGCGCUGCAGGUGCAGGCGCAGCUGGCGCGCCAGCUGCAGGCCGAGCCCGCGCCCGCGCACCUCUACCGCUGGAUCAAGGGCAACGUCGAGCCCAGCGUGCGACAGAACGCGGCGUUCGUGUCGACGCUGGUGGCGCUGAUCGCGGGCCACGUGACGGCCGCGGCGGGCUGCGAGGCGGCGCAGGACAAGGCGGCGCUGGAGCGCGAGAAGGCGCUGGCGGAGGCCUACGCGCCGCUGCUGACCGCGCUGCUGCAGGGCCGCGCCGACCUGCAGCUGGCCGCCGUCUACGCCGUGCAGCUGCACGCGCACCACCACCGCUAUCCCAAGGGCAUGCUGCUCCGCUGGUUCAUGUACCUGUACAACCUGGAGGUGUGCGAGGAGGACGCCUUCCUGCGCUGGCGCGAGGACGUCACCGACGCCUACCCCGGCAAGGGCGAGGCGCUCUUCCAGGUGAACACGUGGCUGACGUGGCUGCAGCAGCAGGAGUCCGAGGACGAGGAGGCGGAGGACUAGCCGCCUCGGGACUCCGUCACGGACCUCCACGGCCCCGCACCGCUUCUGUUUCGCGCUCAUCUCAUUAUAUGAAUAUGAUUAAGCCAAAUAGUUAAAUACCUACGUUCGUUACCGGUGGCGCGCUACCGCCGGGUCCCGCGUCACUUAGGUCAAUUUUUAGGUUGUACGACGUAAAAGAAUAUUAGUAUCUCGAGAUAAUUUUUUGUAGGCCUUUUACUCAAUUUUGAUACUUUUUACAAAUGUAUACAAUGUAUAGUGUUCGUCUGGACGUAUGGCUGCACCCGUCGGCGCUCUCGCGAGCUCCUCGUUUACAUUGUAACAUAAAUAUCUAUCUAUCCGUAUAUAUGUAUCACCCUAUCUAUGUAUAUAUAGUAUACGCAUAUAUAUAUAUAAAAACGUAAAUCAUUUUUUUAACAUCAUGAACGUUUAUUUCAUUGCUAAAUGGACUUAGUGUUAAACUGUAAGAAUGCUUAAAUUUCAUUGUAUUAUCAAAUUUUAGGAUUUUAUAACUAGUAGCUAAAUAAAUAAAAAAAAAAUUAAAAAGCAAAAAAAAAAGAGAAAUGUUCAGUUUCUUCGAGCGUAAGAAAUGUAUGUUGCGUGAGUUGUAAAGUCAGAUCGAGAUGCGAAGUUCAGUAAUAUUGGUCAAUAUGUAUUCAUGGUGAGAAAUAAACUUCAGUGUAAUUUAUUACAAAAACCAAA